GCGGGGGGUAGGGACUGGGCGCGCGGGGCGGGGGCGGCCUACGGGUCGUCGCAAGCGGGCGGAGCGGACGCGGGAUCUGAAGGGCGCUGCGGGCGACAGCGCGGGCCUGCCGGCUGUGCAUUCCUCACUCUUAGCUGGUGAAGAAUGGGGGAGCUGGAAGGAACCUACCGCGUCCUGCAGACCCCAGGGACACGCCUAGGCGCCCCGUCCCCCGUGGGCGUCAGCACCCUCGAGCCUGGGCAGGGCCCCUCGGCAGCAGCGGCGUGGCCAGCGGCCAGGACGCCCAUCCGAGUGCAGCUGCUGGACAACUCCGUCGAGGCGUUUGACGUUGAGCCUAAAUGCGAUGGCCAGGUGUUACUGACCCAGGUGUGGAAGCGCUUGAAUCUGAUAGAAUGCGACUAUUUCGGCUUGGAGUUUCAAAACGUCCAGUCCUGCUGGAUCUGGCUUGAACCUAUGAAACCCAUCGUUCGACAAGUACGAAGGCCAAAGAAUACAGUGCUUCGCCUAGCAGUGAAAUUUUUCCCACCCGAUCCGGGUCAGUUGCAAGAAGAAUAUACACGAUACUUGUUUGCCCUGCAACUUAAGAGAGACCUUCUGGAGGAGCGUCUGACCUGCACGGACACCACGGCUGCCCUCCUGGCGUCCCACCUCCUGCAGGCGGAAAUAGGAGAUUACGAAGAGGCGCUGGACCGGGAGCACCUGCGGGCCAACGAGUACCUGCCGGGCCAGGAGCGGGCCCUGGAGCGGAUCCUGGAGCUCCACCGGCAGCACGCGGGCCAGACGCCUGCCGAGUCAGAUUUCCAGGUGCUGGAAAUUGCCCGGAAGCUGGACAUGUACGGCAUCAGGUUUCACACGGCCUCUGACAGGGAGGGGGCCAAGAUCAACCUGGCCGUUUCCCACAUGGGCGUCCUCGUCUUCCAGAGCAGCACCAAGAUCAACACCUUCAACUGGUCCAGGCUCCGGAAGCUCAGCUUCAGGAGGAGGAGGUUUCUCAUCAAGCUCCACCCAGAGGCCCACGGGCCUUACCAGGACACCCUGGAAUUCGUGCUGGGGAGUAGGGACGCGUGUAAGAACUUCUGGAAGACGUGUGUAGAGUAUCACACCUUUUUCAGACUCUCGGAUCAGCCGAAGCCCAGAGCUAGAGCCAUCCUCUUCAGCAGAGGUUCCUCCUUCAGAUACAGUGGAAGAACUCAGAAGCAACUAGUGGAUUAUGUCAAAGAUGGUGGGAUGAAGAGGAUUCCGUAUGAAAGAAAGCACAGCAAGACCCGGAUGUCUCUCCACGCCCUAAAUGCCAACUUGCCGAGGCAGAACGUCUUGUUCUCCGAGGGCACGACGACUGCCGCGUCCCCGUCUUCAACGAGUGCCUCCUUCUGUUCAGGCCCCGCCUCCCCUCCAGCCAAGGACAGCAGCGGCUCCCCGACGGGGCCCCCGGCUCCCAGCGCCAGGUGGCCAGCUGCAGAGAGGAUCACCGUGGCCACGGCCCCGCCCCCCGGGCCGCCCGCGUUCCAGCCUUGCCAAGGCCUUUCCGUGGAGAGUCCUCAGCUUCCCUCCACCCGGAAGACCCCACCGAGCCUGAGCCCACUGGGCCCGGCCAAGCAGAGCUCCUCUCCCCUGCUGAGCCCCGUCCUCAGCGAUGCUGGCGGAGCCGGGAUGGACGACCAGGAGGAGGUGAGACACAAGUGUGCGCCCGCGGACGAGGCCUAUUUCAUAGCGAAGGAGAUUCUUGCUACAGAGCGAACAUACCUGAAGGAUUUAGAAGUUAUUACCGUGUGGUUCCGGAGCGCUGUGGUCAAGGCGGACGCCAUGCCUGCGGACCUGAUGACCCUGCUCUUCUCCAACAUCGACCCCAUCUAUGAGUUCCACAGAGGCUUCCUGCGCGAGGUGGAGCUGAGGCUGGCGCUCUGGGAGGGGUCUUCCAGUGCCCAGGCCACAGGCGACCACCGACGAAUCGGGGACGUCCUGCUCAGCAACAUGCUUCAGUUAAAGACGCUCACCCGCCACUUCCAGAGGCUCCACGAGGUCCUGACGGAGCUGGAAGCGGCCAGCAGGCGCCUGCGGAGGCUGGAGGAGGUGCGCCGGGACUUCGAGCUGCAGAAGGUCUGCUACCUGCCGCUCAACGCCUUCCUGCUGAAGCCGCUGCAGCGCCUGCGCCACUACCGGCUGCUGCUGCGCCGCCUGUGCGCCCCCGACCGCCAGGACCCCGACCGUGGCGACCAGGACCGCGCCGACCGCCGCGAAGCCCUCAAGGCCAUCACGGAGGUGACCUCCGCACUCCAGCACAGCCUCGUCCGGCUGGAGAACCUCCAGAAGCUGACGGAGCUGCAGCGGGACUUGGUCGGCGUGGAGAGCCUCGUUGCCCCUGGCAGGGAGUUUAUCCGCGAGGGCUGCCUCCACAAGCUCACCAGGAAGGGCCUGCAGCAGAGGAUGUUCUUUCUGUUCUCAGACAUGCUGCUGUACACAAGCCGAGGUGCCUCGGGGACCAGCCACUUCCGGAUCCGGGGACUCCUUCCGCUGCGCGGCAUGCUGGUGGAAGAACGCGAGAAUGAGUGGUCUGUCCCGCACUGUUUCACCAUCUACGCCGCUCAGAAGACAGUCGUGGUGGCAGCCAGCACCCGGCUGGAGAAAGAGAAGUGGAUGAGGGACCUGAACGCCGCCAUCGAUGCAGCCAAGAGCAGCGCCGACACGGCCCUGGCACCACCGGGCAGCCUGCUGUGCCCCCUUUCCCGCGGGCCUUCCAACGAGGUCUCUCUGGAGGAGUCGGAAGACGACGCUCGCCAGGCCCGCCGCCCCUCAGGGGGGCCGGGCCAGCACCGGGCCAGCACCUCCAUGCACGUGUGCUGGGACCGCACCACCAGCAUCUCCAGGGCCGACCGCAGCGCAGCCGUCGAGAACCAGCUCUCGGGAUACCUGCUGAGGAAGUUCAAGAACAGUAACGGCUGGCAGAAGCUCUGGGUGGUCUUCACCAAUUUCUGUUUGUUCUUCUACAAGACUCACCAGGACGACUGCCCCCUGGCCAGCCUCCCGCUGCUGGGCUACAGCGUGAGCCUGCCCGGGGAGGCCGACGGCAUCCACAAGGAGCACGUCUUCAAGCUCCAGUUCAAGUCCCACAUCUACUACUUCCGGGCUGAGAGCAAAUACACAUUAAGGAGGUGGAUGGAGGUGAUAGAGAGCGCCAGCACCUCACCAGGGAGGGCCGGGACCCCCGAGGAGGAGGCGUGAAGCCCACCCUGCCCGGCUGAGGACAGAGCCAAGCAGGCAGAGCAGGGCCAGCAUGUGCCCACGACUGCUCAUCCAGUGUUCCCACUGCACCCUGGCAGUGGGUGGGCCUCACAGGGACACCUGGGAGGGGCAUAGUCCCCUUCAAGACCCAGUCACUCCCUUGGUCCUGUGGGGCUCCAGGACGAAGACGCAUGGAGCCGUGCACUGGCGAGGCUGAUGCUCACCUGCCUUCUCUCCGCCUCCAGAGCAGGACCCUGCCCUUCAGGCUAGUGAAACGGGGGGUGGGGACAGCGCCCCUGGGUCACAGCUGCAUGGAAGUCCAGCAGAAGCCACUCCGCCCACCCCACAUACCUCUGCGAAGUGGAAAGCAAAGUCCCCGUAAUUUAUCAGCCCCAAGGAGGUGUGCUGUGCGAACGUGCGCGUGGUUAAAAAUAAAGGGCAUCUCCU